AUUGGACGAAUUGCGAAUCGGUUUUCCUCCGACAUUGUAAGUAACACUAAUUUACUUCUUGUAUAUUUGUACUCAGUGAGUACGUCGUUUAUCUAAUCAACACUUCUGUAAAUCCCUUUAUUUUCAGUACUCGAUAGAUGAUAGCCUCCCGUUCAUUCUGAAUAUCUUUCUAGCCCAGGCCUUUGGCGUGGCUGGUACAGUGGUGAUCACGUGUUAUGGUUUACCGUGGUUUCUUCGCGUCCUAGGCACUCUCGUUCUUAUGUACUACUACAUCCAAAACUACUAUCGGAGAACGUCGAGGUAA